GGGAUUCAUUUUAGAUUUCUAAUUAAAACCGCAUUCCUCUUCGGCAUCGGACAUCGCCCUAUUCCCCUCCCUUAUAAAUCCGGCGGCAGUUUGUAAAGACGUCGGAAGUUUUGGGGGCAUUCAUUGAUAAACAUACAAACAAGGAUGUUGGCUUCAUCGGAAUCCGUACCUAAAGUCAUCGUCCGUUACACAGCCAGAUGCAAUUUCUCGGCGGACGAGGAUGCAAUUUCCUUUUUGAAAGCAGCAGCAGCCCCCAUCCCCACCGCCUUAGCUCCUCCUCCAGCCAUCCCAUCCUCCUCCUCCUCCUCACCACUUGCGUUCGAAGUGCAGAGCCUCCUGAAAUUAAUCUUUCCGGGAGACAAUACUAUGAGGGAGUUCCUGGAGGAGACAGAUUGGCGGGAGAAAAGGGAGUCGACCAGUGAGCUUCCUUGGUCUACAGACGGAGUAUUAAUGAUAGACGAUAAUUUUGUAAAAAUAUCUGAAACCCUUACCCUCCUUAGGGUUCUUAAAGUCUAUCAUCAAUCCAUCUCCGACAUGCUCUGUCGGGACACUCCUGCAGCCAUCUCACAUCAUGCGUCCUUACCUCCAAAGAUUGUGGAGCUGAGUAAAUUUCCCACUUGUGAAUGUGGAAAAUUAAAGGAGUGUGACUGUGAUUUCCUUGAAAAGUGGACUGCCAUUGAAAACAGGAACAAAUUGAUGCAGUUCCUGAUGAAGCUUAAUGAUGACUAUGAGGGAGUUCGUAGUAAUAUGCUAGCAACAGAACCACUACCUACUUUGAGUAGAGCCUUCUAUGUUAUUCAACAAAUUGAGACUCAGAGGAAUGUAACUCGUAGUAUGCCAGAGUCAUCAGCCUUCUUGGUGAACAAUGAGUCUUCUAGGACAUCUCAAUACAAAAGAGAUGACAAAAGACAAAGACCAGAUUGGUACAAAGGCAAGAAAAACAAAAAGUUUGGAGUGAAAAUGGCAGCCCACACAACCUCUUUUGAAAGAACAGAAGAUUCUGGGUUGGAAUCUCCUUUUGACAACAUUGGUAGCAGUCAGCAUAUCAAAUUACAGUUCACCCACUGUCAAUUUUUCUGGCACUAACUUUUCAGGACCCUACCACUAAAAGGAUCUUGGCCUC